AUGUCCUUUGUCAACGACAUCCUAGAUGGCCUCUGCUACAUGCCAGAGGAACGCCGCACGGAUGGGAUAGUGACCGCGAAGGUGCUUUUUUCUCUGCUGAAGGCCUGGCAGCUCGAUGGCACCACGAAGGUCCAGGCCAAAGAUUGCGAAUACCACUUUGCUGUGCUCAAGGUGCUACAUGACAUGAUAAGCUACCUGCACCGCCUCUCGCGCCACUCGACGGAGUCGAGGAGCCCCACCAUCGCCGAGCUCAAGUCGCUCUGCCCAGAACCAGGAGCGCCGCAGACGCGGCGGCGCUCCACCGACAGUCAGCACGCGCUGAAGCUAGCGCAGAGCCUCACUGACGGCAACGGGGCUCUCGACACCAAGGUUGUGGACGAUAGCUUGCGUGGAACAGUCGCGGAGGUGGACUCAGACUCGGACAACGGCGACGCAGCGCCUGAGCCAGGAGAUAUCCCCGCUCCGCGUCCGGUGCCGACUGCAGCGCAGCUGCUAGAGCGAGCUCGGGCGAAGCCCGCUGUGACGAACCUGGGGGAGAAGCCCAAGAAGCCCGAGGGCGGUGGCGAGCCCAAGAAGGUCGAGGGCGGUGGCAAGCCCAAGAAGGCCCAGGGCGAGAACGAUGAAGCGGGCACGUGGAACACUGCAGAGCCUCAGACAUCGACGGGCUGGCUGACCACGAAGAAACGGCCCGCGACGAGCUCAGCAGACGAGCCGGCGACGAGCAAAGCCAAGGCACCAUCCGAUGACGAGACCAAGCUGGCUGAGGCGAGCGAGGCUGCGGCUGCAGCGGCAGCGCCUCCACCUCCGAUCCUCCAGGCAAAGGCCAAGGAGAAGUCGGCGGCGCCCAAGGGCAUAGGUGGUCGGGUCUUGCAGGACCCGCAGGAGUGGGCCGCGCGGCACAAGCACGUGCUGGAGCUGAUCCCGAAGGCCCGCAUCGAAGUUCAUGUGCGAGCUCGCGCUUUCAGGGUGGUGAAGCCCGUCAUGACGAAGGAAGAGGGCCCGCAGUUGCCGUGGGGCAGCGACAUCGCCGAGGCCUGGGAGAAGAUCAAGAUCAAGGCGACCAUGAAGCUCCAGGCCGAGAAGGAGGCCGCCAUGCAGCCGAAAUGGGCUUUUGUGGGCAGCGCCCCCAUGCUCAAGUUGGGCAUGGCUGUCCAGGGGAUCGACCGGGACCCCAAUGGCCGUAUCGUCGUUGAUUUCAACGGCAAGGCUAUCAUGUUGAAGCACUCUGAUGUCUUCCAAGUGAAGGUCGAGGGUGCCGAUCCUGAUCGAGAGUCCACGGCCGCAGGUUCGGGCUUGCACUCCCAGGCGAAGGACGGGGACACUGCGCUGGAGAUGGCCAAGAACAUCGAAAACCUAUUCUAUAUCGAGGGUGGGCCGAACAUCGCGCGCGCGGCGCCCGAGGGGAAGGGGGCGGCCGCGCUGGGUAACAAGGUCAAGGUCUUCAAUCCGAAGGGGCACUGUGAUGCGUGGGGGGCUAAGGCGUCCGACUGGGCGACCCUCUACAGGGAUUGCCACGGCAAGCUCAAGGAGAAGGUGCACGGCGGCUUUGUUUCCAUCUCCCCCAAGUUGCCGACCGCUGCGCUGGACUGCCUCAGACCUGGACCCCGGGACGCCGGGGACGAGAUGGGGAGGGGCAAG